AUGAAGUCGCGAUUGCUUGAAGAGAACGUACUCUUACUCAACUCAUUGUUUGUAUUCGAACUCGUGGCCUUUUCUCUGCCUCCAGCACCUCAUGAAACUAGUCUAUCACAUGUACCGGCGCAGACACUAAGCAUUCAAGUACUACCACGUUGCGAUCCUUUCGUCUCGGAAAUGAACGCUGUCAGCCAGGGAUCCUUCUAUCUAAUCAACUGGCAGUCAGCACCAACAACGACAACGACGAAGAAGGAGUCAGAGCUGCGAAGACGCCUUGGUCACCAUUUCGGUUCGUGUUGUGCUUGCCGCCAGCAUUGA